GACGACGACGACGACGACGACAACAGCUGCUAGCCAUCCAGGCUAUUGCAACUAAACUAGGUCGUAUAGAGUCGCAUCAGCCGACUCAAACUCGUUCACUCACUCCACGCCACACGGCCCACGGCGGUACUACUACUACUACUACUACUACUCGCAUCACACACUACUACAACGACCAGACUUGUUGCCCAUCUCACCGACAACGACGCCCCCCCUCCCACCGCAGCAGCAGCAGCACCUUCCGCAUCCAUCAUCCCAUUCCAUUCCAGCCAGCCGCCAGCACAGACACGGCGUGACACACGCCCCACCUUGUUGCUCCUGCUGCUGCGGGCACAAUGUCCAUGUCCACCCCCGAAAGCGACACGAGUCCGCGGCCGCCAGGCGGCAGCGGCGCCCGUUAUGGCUUCCUCGGCGCCGGCACGGGCACGGGCUCUGGCUCGUCGCGCCGCGCGUCGGGCGCAAACUCGCCAGGAGAGACAAAACCUACCAUCCCGGGCAUCAACGGGCCGACGCGCACCCCGUCGGCGUCCGAGCUCGCUGCCGAGGCCGAGGCCAAGCGGCGUAAAGUGCAGCGCGCGUGCGAUGUGUGUCGAAGGAAGAAGAUUCGCUGCGAGGGCCCGAUGAACUCGAACUCGGCGAGCAAGUGCGCAAACUGCCAGGAAUACGGCCUCGAGUGCACCUACGUCGAGGCGGCCAAGCGCCGCGGCCCGCCCAAGGGGUACAUCGAGACCCUUGAGCAGCGCUGUGGCCGGCUCGAGCGCCUGCUCAAUCAGCUUCACCCCAAUCUUGAUGUCGUGUCGACCGUGGGGCCCACGCCGGACCGCGACGACUUUGACCUCGGCAGCUACCAGGAGCAGCUGCGCGCGCUCGCCAUCCCGCCGUACCCCGCGCUCAAGGCGGCGCCGGCCAUCGACCCAGGCUCAGCGAUUGGCAGCUCGCCGCAGACUGCAGCGGCGGCGCCGAGCCCCCCACCCCGCGUGCUUGGCCCCGCGCCGUGGCAGCACCACGAGCGUGAUCCCAACCGGCCUCCAGAUGACGAAGUCGAGGCCGGUGAGCACAGCCGCCUCGCGCACGCCAUGAUCAAACUGAACAUACGAGACCACGAGGCCUUCCGCUUCCACGGCAAGGCGUCGGGCGCGCAUCUCGUCAGACUGGUCAACGAGCUCAAGUACUCGGAGGCCGAUGUCACCUUCUUUGAGCGCCUCAACUCGUCCCGCAGGACAGAGUACUGGAUGGUGCCCGAGUGGGAAAAGGUCAUCGCGACGGAGAAUGUCCACCCAUUAGACUACUCUAUCUGGCCCGACGAGGACCUGGCAAGUCGCCUGAUCGACGGAUACUUUGAACACAUCAACCCCAUGAUGCCGCUCCUCAACCGCUCCAUCUUCACCCGCCAGUACCAGUCUGGGCUCUGGAGCACAAAUUCCGAGUUUGCAAAGAUGUGUCUGAUGGUGUUUGCCAACGGCGCACGCUACACGGACGACGAGAGAGUCUACUGGCCCGCAGACUGCGCAACGACAGAAGAAGGCCGCGAGCGCCUCCGCAACGACCGCGACGGUACCCUCAAGUACUCUGCCGGCUGGGUCUAUGUCCGCGCCGUUAUCAAGAUGGGCAAGUCGUGGCUCCAGGGCCCUAGCCUUCUCGACCUGCAGAUCACGGUGCUCGUGUGCCUGUUCCUCAAUGGCAGUGCCGUCCCCCACCUCGCUUGGCUCGUCGCUGGGUCGGGUAUCCGCCAAGCCCAGGAAAUCGGCAUCCAUGUGCGCUCAACAAUGGUCCACACAAACCCCAUCGACCGUGCACUCUACAACCGCGCCUUCUGGUGUCUGUACCACUUUGACCGUCUUAGCUGUGCAGCUAUUGGCCGGUCCGUCGCCAUCCAAGACUCUGACUUUGACGCCGACUACCCUAUUCCUGUUGAUGACGAGUACUGGGACACGGGUGACCCGGACCGCGACUUCAAGCAGCCGCCAGGCCUGCCCCCAGACCCCGCGAUCGCUGCCUUCACUCACCUCCUCAAGCUCGACCACGUCCUCGGCGCUGCCCUCCGGACAAUCUAUGCCGUCAACAAGCUCCCCGAGCACGGACCCGACCAGCGUGCCAUUGUCGUCGAGCUCGACAGCGCGCUCAACGCCUGGGCCGACUCGGUGCCCGACAACCUCCGCUGGGACCCUACGCGCGCCGACAAGCGCCUGUUUGAGCACUCUGCUGUCCUCUACGCCCACUACUACUACGUCCAGAUCCUCAUCCACCGACCGUUCAUUCCGACCCGCAAGCACCCCGAAAACGUCGGCUUCCCCUCCCUCGCCAUCUGCAGCAACGCCGCCCGCUCCAUUUGCAACAUUCUCGACGCCGUACUCCGCCGUGGGCGCCAGUACGGCACGCUUCCUGGCCACGCCGUGUCGAUUGCAUUCGCGCUCCCGGCGUCGACUGCGGCCAUUGUGCUCCUCAUGAACGUGUACGCCGUUCGCCAGCGCCAAAACGAGCGCGACAGGUGCAUGAACGACGUCAAGCGCGUCAUUGCCGCCCUCAAGGAGAUGGAGCUCACUUGGCGCCAGGCCGGCAAGAUGACAGACUUGAUCACCGAAGUCGCCCGCGAGUCCACAGGCGACUUCAAGGGCAUGGAGAACGUCUCGCCCAACACGAAGAGGUCGCAUGAUGAGGCAUCCGACCCACCCCCUUCAGUCGGCACACCUGGCGCACCAGAAUUCGGCCCCUUUGCCACAAGUGUCCUUGCUCAUCAGCAAGCACACGCCGCGUACGAGCAGGGCACGGGCGGCCAGACGCUCGACUGCCUCCCUGGUCAGAGCCAGCAGGGUACACCACAAACACAGCACCCGACACCCGUGGACCCCAACGGCCACGCCCCGGGCGCCAGCUCCGGGCCGAGUGCAUCGACCUCGGAUUCCACGGCGCCCCCGACGCCUGGCUUUAUCGCAGCGGUCACCGGCCAGGGUGGUGCGGCGUGGGGAAGCGGCGGUGGCUUCCCGGGCAUGCCCGGCAGCGAGGCUGUCAUGGCCGCUCCCGACUUCUUCGACGCGGGCGACCUCCACAACCUCAACUACGCCGUCAUGAACUUUGACAUGCUGGGCGACUCGUCGAGCCCCGAGUUCUGGACACAGCUGCUGCGGCAGCAGUCUGGCGGCCUGCCGAUCAGCAACGGCAUUGUCGGGAGCAUGCCUGGCCUGGGCGGCGGGCUGGCUCCCAACGGCCCCAACCCUUCUGCGUCCCAGCCCGGCCCGGGACAGCAGCAGCCCAACUGGAACUUCUUGCCCUGGCUGCCGACGGAUAUCCAGCCGGAGCAGCAGCAGGCGGCGCAGCAAGGCCGGCGGCAGUAAGCGCCCUUCAAGGUGCAUUGUACCGAGUGCGAGCGGAGCGGCCAACGUGCCGCCACAGUUUCUUGGGAUUUAGACGGUGCUUGUGUAAGACGAGAAGGAUUUGCAGGGAUUCGAUAGACCUCGUGUAUAACAUGCAGCGUGUAUUGUGACGUAUGGCCGGCGGUUUGCGUUUGAGAGGGGAUGAUUUGGUUUGUUACUACGUCGUCGUCGUUGUCAAGGGACUGGCCGGCGGGCGGCAUGACGAUCGAUUACAC